GGAAGUUUGACUACAAGCCUCCUGGGUCUACCGAUAGUAUAACAAUAACCAAUAACGACAUUGAGUGUCUUGCACCUGGAGCUCUUUUAAAUGAUGCUAUAAUUAACUUCUAUCUCAAAUAUUUAUAUUUUGAACAGCUUACAAAUUUCCAGAAACAAGCUACUUAUUUGUUCAAUGUAUUUUUCUACAGUCGGUUGGCAAGUGGUGGUAACUUAUCGACUGAUGUACGGGGUUCUACAGUUUCAACUAGCUUGCCAAAAAGUUCAGAAACCACAGAUGAAACAAUUCUUGCUCAGCAUGCCAAUGUUGCAAAAUGGACACGCCGAGUUGAUCUUUUCAGUAAAGAUUAUAUUAUCAUUCCGAUUAAUGAAUGUGCACAUUGGUUUCUUGGUCUUGUUUGCUAUCCAUGGAUGGCGGGAAUGGUCAGCUACACGGCUCUUUAUCGUGAAGAAGUUUAUCAUCUCUGCCAGUUAACGGAAAAGUUUACUGAUGUUGAUCGCAUACACUUUUCAGGAGACGAUUUAAAUUCAUUAGAUAUCGGUGAAGAAGUCAUCCAAAGGUCGUCUACCGACACUCCAGUAAAUAACAAAUUAAAAAAUUUUCAUAUUUAUGGAAUUGCCUAA